AUGUGGAAGCGUGUGAAAAGUAGUAGAGAUUACAAGCGAGAAUAUCAUUCAAAAGUUAAUGCCGCAAUUUUAAAUGAUGAAGAAGAAAUGAUAUGUGAUGAGGAUAUCCCAUUUGAACUUCCACCAAUUACAAGGAAUGAAAUUGAAGAAAAAAUGUUAGAAGACGUUGCAGAUGAUGCGUCCUGUUUCAGUGAUAGUGAUAGACCAGAUGAAAUUGUUGAAGGAAAUGACUUUGAUGAAAUGUUAUGUGAGUUAGAUGUGAAGAAUUACACACCACUGUAUGACAAUUCGCCUUUAUCAGUCCGUGAAUCAUGUUAUGAGAUCAUUAAAUUAGCACGAACAAUUAAUCUCAACAAAGACGGUGUGAAACAAGUAUUACAUUAUUUGUCAUGUACUUCCCAAGUACUUCAAGUACUUGUAGAAUUUAUUCAAGAGUAG